AGAGACCGUGAGCAGCCGGAGCGAGAAAAGGCCUUGGCAGACUUCCGCUCUGGCAAAUGCCCAGUCCUGGUGGCAACCUCUGUAGCUGCCCGUGGUCUGGAUAUUCCAGAUGUACAGCAUGUGGUGAACUUUGACCUUCCCAACAACAUCGAUGAGUAUGUCCACCGCAUUGGGAGAACUGGCCGCUGUGGAAACAUUGGGAGGGCAGUGUCUUUCUUUGACCCAGGUGCUGAUGGCCAGUUGGCUCGCUCCCUGGUGAUGAUCCUGUCUAAGGCCCAGCAGGAAGUGCCCUCAUGGUUAGAGGAGUUUGCGUUCACCGGCUCCAGUACCACAGGUUUCAUGAACUUUGCUUCCACAGACUCCAGGAAGGGAGGAUCUUUCCAAGACAAUUUGAAGAGCCAGCCGACUGCAGAUGACGAAGAGUGGGAAUAGAGGGAAUAUUAGUUCUUAUUCUUUUCAGGGGUUCAGCUGGUUUUGGUAGUUUGCCAGUG